AGAGAGAAGGAAGUCUGCCCCAUGCAGUUGCUUUGGCUGAAUCAGUCACAUUUCUGUGCUGCCAGCAGCCUAAGCCCCAGGGCCCCGUGCUUGCUGCUGGGGCUGUGCUGGGCCCAUGGAGAGACCAGUGAAGGAUGGCAUCAUCUAUGUACAGCACUGCAAAUUUGGAAAGCGGACCUGGAGGAAGAUUCGAGCACAGCUCUUUGCUGCCAGCCCCUUCGGCGUGGCCCGCAUGGAGAAGUUUGAUGCACGGGAUCACGGCACAGUGUCUGACAUCUCCCUGCAGCGCUGCGCCCGCCGUGUCAUCCGUCUGUCCGACUGCGUCUCCGUUGGCCCCAUGGGCACUGAGAGCUGCCCCAAAGCCACUGCUGCCUUCUACCUCACCACCACCGAGAAGAACUACGUGCUGGCAGCCGAGCAGCGGGAUGAGUGGAUCGAGCAGCUCUGCCAGUUGGCCUUUCAGGGCAAAAAGGAAGCAGAGCAAAGUAGCAGCACCGGUCUGCAGCCCAUCCCUAUGGAGGAGAACUGCCUCUACUCCUCGUGGCAGGAUCUGACGGAGUUCCCAGUGCUGGUGCUGAGGACGGAGGCGGCUGCCCGCUGCGAGCUGCACGGGCACUACGUGCUGGCAGCCCUGCCCCACAGCCUGACGCUGAAGGAUGCGCAGUCCCAGCAGCCCCUGCUCACCUGGCCCUACCCGUUCCUCCGCAAAUUCGGCCAAGAUCAGCAGAACAUCUUCUCCUUUGAGGCCGGCCGCCGCAGCGACUCGGGCGAGGGCACCUUCACCUUCAGCACCCCGCGAGCCGCAGAGCUGUGCCGGGCCGUGGCCGCCGCCAUCGCCUGUCAGCAGCAGGGCCAGGAGAGCCCCCAGCCGUCAGCCCAAGGCCUCAGUAACCAACCCUGGGGGGCAGAGGCUGAAGACCCCCAGUGCAGCCCAACCCUGGGGCGGGCGCAUUCGGGCUCACACUCGGCCUCUUAUCCAUCGCUCAACCUUCUCCGCUUCCCCCCCGUGGAGCCGGAGGCUCCUGCCCCUAUAGUGUAUGCCUCCAUUGCACGGGGCCAACAGCCCCACUUCAGGCCGUGCCCCGGGCAGCCGCUCCCUGAGCAUCUCUAUGAGAACAUCUUCACGGCCCAGCCCCGGCCUCUGGCGGAGGAGGAGGCGGAGGAGGAGGAAGGCCGCUGGGAGCUGGGCUGUCGCCAGGCCCCCGAGGGCCACAGCAGCGAGGCAGCCGUGCCCUACCCCGCCCGCAGCGCCCCGCAGCCCCACACGCAGCGCUGGGCGCCGGGGGGAAGCAGGGGAGGCGCGGAGGAGCCCUCCAGGCCGAAGCCUCAGCGAACCCUCCGGGCCAAACUGGUGCGGCUGCUGAGCCGGGACGGCCCCGGCGCGCGGGACUGGUCGUGAGCGGGAAUAAAGGCCGUGCGCCGCCCGACCCCGGGACGGCGCCCGGCCGCCAGGGGGCGCCGUAACA